AUGAAGCAAACUACUAUUAAUUUUGGCAAUACAGAAGACAUAAUUAAUGCAUUGGAACAAUUGAGUUUAAUUUGUAAUCAACAAAAUGAUGUUGAUAAUUUAAAUAAAAACCUUCAGAGUAUACAUAUUAAUAAUAAUAAUAAGAAUCGCCGUAGCGACUGGCGUAGCAAUGAUAAGAGAGGGGAUACGUCUGGUAUAUGGAAUGGGCAUCAGAGCGCCAACACAUGGAUGCCGAAUACAAGUAGGCCCCCACCUAUUGGCCCUAGCCCGGGUAUACAACUUGAUACACCGCGUGUAGAGAAUAAUAAUAAUAAUAAUAAUGUCCAAAUAAAUGCUGUUGAAACUAGCACUGGUUUAGACAGUCAUUAUGACAUUAUCGGUGAAAUAAAAAACGAUGUGUUAAGUGAAAACAAUUCACAUAAAAAUAAUUACACAAAAGGCCCAAAAUUAACUAUUAAAAUUGGGGAUUACAAAUAUACUGCGUUGGUGGACACUGGUAGUCAGGUAACCGCGAUAUCUGAAGAGGUAUAUAAUCAAUUAGCUAAAAAUGUUAUUAUUGGAGAAUUACCUGUAAUAAACACCCAAGUUAUUACGGCUAUUAACAUGAUAGAAAUAACAAGUACUAUUUUAGUUAUACCAAAUUUUAAUCAUGACAUAUUAUUGGGUGAUGACUGGUGUCGAGAAAAUAAUGUUGUUAUUAAUCACAAAGAUGACAGCAUUACAAUUAAUAGUCAUCGUGUUACCCCAAACAUACAGCAGUCGGUAGGUCAUCUUGAAUGCUGCCAAAUUAGUUUAAAUAAUAAUCAUAGUAAUGAGGUAUUUGGGGAAAAUCCAAAUGUAGAUCACCUCCAGGGGGGCAAAGAUAAUAAUAUUGCUGAUUUUUUUAGUCGUAACCCCGAGGGUAAAUUUAACGAGGUUAACUCCAAAUGUGUUGAUGUACCAGUCACAAAUUUUUUUGAUAAUGCUUCUGAAAGCGUAUUAAAUAUUAAUCAUCUUAAGCUGGAUGAAAAUAUACGUAGUGAUUUGAUGAAUAUGGAAAAGUUACAAAGUCAAAUACCAUAUGAGGUACAGUUUGGAAUACCAAUUCCCGAUGAAAUAAAUGAUCUUGUUGCAUUUCCUGUUGGUGUUCAAAGUGAUAUUCAGGGUAUUUUUAAAAUGGUUAAGAAGGCUCUGGAUAAAAAUAUUGCUAGACGUAAGCGUCAACAGAAGGGUAAUAAACCAGAAAGUCUCUGUGUUGGUGAUCUGGUGCUUGUACGUGUACCUCAUUUAUCCAAUAGUAGUGAUGGAACCACCCAUAAAUUCUUUCACGUAUAUGAGGGUCCAUACAGCGUUGCUGAAACGAUUGGACAAAAUACUUUUAAGCUUAGUCAUAUGGAUACCAAAAAAUUAUUAAAAGCAAAAAAACUUCAAAAAGCUAACGAACGCAAAUCAUUGAAAGAUUUGAAGAGAAAAGUAGUAUACGAAAUUACUAAAGUAGCGAUAUUUCCAACAUCAAAGUAUGGUCCAGCGCUGACAGUUGAAAUCGAGAAUGAAAAUUAUGCAUAUCUACUAAAAAGAUUUGCUACACAUUUCAAUCAAGAUGAUCAAGAAUUUAAGGAGCUAGAAAAUGCAGUCAAGAAAGGAACACUAACAAUGGUUCUCGAUGGCCAAAAUAAUCAAGGUGUAUCAUUAGAUGAUAAAUUAACAAAUGGAGUUAUAAACUGUAUCGGUAAUUUAUCAUUGGGAAGUGAAUACCAUGAAGAAUUACGACAAAAUAUUCUCAAUAUACUUAAUAGCAAUAAUUGCCCAGUCUCAAAUAUGUCAGAGCUGGUAAAAUUUUGUAUUGCUGAUUGUUCAAGUAUUGAAACUUUUCAAAAAGUAUUGAAGGUCAUUCGUCAGUUGGAUAUUAAACCUUUGGAUGGUGAAAAUUGUGAAGAAUACUAUACCAGUCAAAUGUUGAUUGUUCAAGCUUUGAAAUUAAAUAUGCGUUUAUCAAAAAAGUUAUCGAAUGCAGUAGUUACUAUAUUAUUUGAUACAUAUGAACAAGGACCAACAUCAAUAGAUUUUAUACUUUUACUUUUACUAUGUAAUUGUUCAACCACAUUUAAAAAAAAAGGUGAAAAUAUACUCAAAAAACAAAUUAAAUGUGGUUAUUACAGAGCAAGUUUACUUAAUGACUUUUAUGAUGGUUUUAAAGAAGUUGCAAGAGAUUUACAAACAACUGCUUUAAAUGAAAGUAGUACACUAUUAAAAUCUGGUGAUACAACACUUGUUAAAUUUGCUGAUGAUUGGAUACGUCAACAAUUUAAAAUACAUUCUAAAAUUCUUCAUAUACAACAAGAAAUAAUUGGAAAAAUAAUAUUACUUAUGGGAAAUAAUGAUCAAACAGCAAAAAAUGCAUUGGCUAUAUUUCAAGCAAUGACUGUCGCAGAUGAUGAAAAACGUUAUCUACAAAAUCAUUGUAAUCAUUUAAGAAUACUUAUUGAUAAAAUUGAUCAACUUGAUCUUGAUGAAGUUGCAACAUUGAACGAUAUUUUAUAUGCAUUAUGUAUUGAUUCAAAUUCAACAUCGAAUGCAUUGGAAGAAGAUUUGAUGAUGCUAUUUCACAAACAGUUAGCAAGUGCUGAUAGUUUUAUUGUAUGUAAAGGUGUUGCUGGUGCUGUCAUGGCAAUAAAACAUUCAGCACAAAAUCGUGAUUCACUAUCAUCAGCAAAAAAAUUAUUUAACGAGGUUGUUCUUGCAGUACAAGAUUGUCCACGUGCACAAGGACUUUUUUAUGAUAAUAUUAGUGAAAUUAUUGCAAAUGAAAGUAUACAAAUUGAUCAUCGUUUUUUAACAACGAUAGUAAAAUCAUUUGAAAAUAAAUUUGCUGAAACUUGUCUUAGUCAUAAAGACGAUUAUCGUGGUGAUUUGGUACCAAAAUUUGAACUUAAUUCACAAUUUAAUUAUUAUGUACUUUUUGGUGAAACAAAAUAUGGUGCAAUUGUGCCAGCUUUAUUUCGUCUAAUUAAAAUAUGUUUUAAAAAAAUUCCUGGUAAUCUUGACGAAUUAAUGUCAUGUGCAAUUUUAAUGCCAAAAGAUCUUGAAACACCAGAACCAAGAACAUUAGAUAUGAUUUUUUACUGUAUAAAUUGGUAUCGUGAAUUAAUAAAUGCUUUUGUCAUAAAGGAUGAUCCAAUAAUAAAACGUCAAGUUAUUCAACGACUUGAUAAUCUUAUGCAUUUACAAGGUGAACUAUAUAUAGCAUUGUCAAUACUAGAUAAUCGCUAUAAACCACCACCAUGCUAUUUUACAAAAAUACCACCACCACCAUUUAUUCGUUUAGAAAAAAAAAGUAGUAAAAAGUCAAAAAAAUCAGCAGAUAAAAAUUCAUCAAUAAAUAAAGAUAACAGUAUUAAAAAUAAAACUAAAAAUGAUUCUAAUGAUUCGUCUGAAUGGGAGUUUUGGGAAAUGGGUUCAUUAUUGUGUAUAAAAAAUACUAUGUAUUUUCGUCGUCUUGAUGCAUCAGUUGCACAUCUUCUUGAGACUGAUAUUGAUAAUGGCUUGAAAACAAGUCAUGUUUGUUUUUUAGUUAAAGAAUUAUUAUCAAUGUUAGCUGAUGAAACAAUGGCAACAAGACAUUUUGUUGAUGAUCUUGUUAAAUUACUUCCAAAAAUAUGUUCCCAAUUGAAAUACCUUGUUCAAGAAAUUCGUGAUGAACCAGAAAGUAAAGAAGAUUGCAAACAAACAAUAAAACUUUUAUUCGAAUUGCUUAGUAAAAUACUUGCUUGGAAAGGAUUUGAUGUACCAUCAAAUAAUGAAAUACUUAAAACAGCACUUAAAACACUUGCUGAACAAUGUGAUCGAUCGAAUAUUAAUCUUCAAUCAAAACGUGAAACAAUAUCAGCUUCAUAUACAUAUUUUGAAUCACUAUCAGAUAUUGUUACCCAUAUAUCACUUGCUUAUAGCUUGGUUAAUUUGUGCAAAGAAUUAAUGAAACAUUCAAAAAUAUUUGCUGAUAGAAACCGUGAAAGACAAUCUAAAAUGGCAUAUGGAUUUUUGUGUCUCGAAUGGACAGAUGAUCAACACGUUGGACCAGUAUUCAAUUCAUCUGUCACAGGUUUACUUAAAAAUUGGAUGGAUUAUGAAGAGUUCCGUUUGGACCGCAUUACAAAUGUUCUUGAAAACUUACCUGAAGAAGUGGAAAAUCUGGAAAGACCACGUAGUAAUUUGGAAACUAUGAGGACAAUUAGUCGUGUCAAUUUUCACCAUUUUUUCCGUACAUUAUUUGAUGGUUUGAUCAGUGGAAUUAGACUUGCUCUUUCAGCUACAAACACUGAAGGACAAAAAGUUCAAGUAUGGCAUCAAGCUGGCAAAAAUUUAAAACUGCUAAUGUUAAUAUGUCGAAAAAUACCAACAAAAAGUGUUUUGAGAGUUUAUUUGCGUUGUAUGCCAAUAUUUUUGAAGCAAUUUAUCAACUGUGGAAUUCCAGUACUUGAAAAAAUACUUCGAUAUCAACCAGAAGAAAUUACAAAAAUAACCAAAUUGAUACAAGCUGGAACAAAAUUUUUGAAUGCUGUUUGCUGUCAUGCAACAGAAAAAAAAGAUAUCUCAUUAACUAAUCUCGUACCAGCAGCAAAACUGAUUGUUGAACAAUUGCUGUAUCAAAUUAAAGCUAUGCUUGUUGCAAAUCAUAGUUCACCAGCUUUUUGGAUGGGAAAUCUUAUUAAUAAAAAUUUGGAUGGAGAACAAAUUCUAUCACAGAAUACUUCGGAUGAACAAUCAAUUCCUGAUGUUACCAAUGAUAACAGCCUUGAUGAUAAUGAUCUUCAAUCUGAUGUAUUAUCAGAUGUAGAAAGUAGUAUUUUUGAUCUUGAGGCUGGUGGUGAUGAAGAUGAUGAUGAUGCUACUAAUGAUAAUGAACAAGUAUUAUAUAAUUCAGAUUAA